AUUGCACUUCAAUUUCUUGUCUUUAGAAAUUUAAUAUUAAAAAUCAUAUUCCAUGUCCCAAAAUCAGUGGAGAGUUCAAUUAACUUUUUAGGCUGUGUUUUGUUAUAUAUAUAUUUAUGUAUAUCUUUUUAUUUUCAGAGUGUUCUGCAAAAUUCAGGGGAAGCAAAUAGACUGUUUCUUAUUCACAUUUCUGUUGUUUAGACAGAUGGAUCAAUACUUGUCUGAUGACAGUGAUAUUGAUGAACUGAUCACUCCAAUUGGAGGAUCCCCCCAUGGUAGUUUGAGAGGCCAGCUGCUCGAGUCUGACAGCCCGGCGGAGUUUGUGAAGAAACCCGCGGUACGGCCACGUGCAGCCAUGAAGUCCGCUAAAGGAAAGUCCCAGACUCACAAGACGAGAGUGAAAUCAUCACAACCGCCCUCCUUCCGACUAGACAGUGAUGAUGGCGCUGAGCUCACCAGGGAAGACAUUAAAGGGAUUUAUGCAGAGCUGCAGGCUAUCAGUGACAAACUCAGGGAAGAGAACAAAAUAUUGCAUGAACGAGAAGUAAAGCUAAAGGAAAGGGAGAGAAUGCUGACCAUUUCCCAGGAUAGUCUGCAAACUAUUACAGACCAUCAAAUCAAAGUCAAAAUGGCAGCUAUCGAAGAGAGGCUAAAAGCGGAGUUGUCACAAAUGGAUCAAGCUUUGAAAGAAAAGACAAAAGAGAACAAACGGUUGAAAGAAAACUUUGAAACCAUCAAACAAGCAAAUGAUGUCAUGAAGAAAGAGAUGCAAGUUCUCCAAGCUCAGAAUGAGAAGCUGACAAAGACAUCAAGCAGCAUGCAAGCUCGGCUGGCCAAUCUGCAGCGCAAGUUGGAGUACGAGCAGAAGCUGAAAGACGCGGAUGUGAUGAAGCUGCAGGAGGAGAUCAAGGGAGAGCAGCCAGUGAAAGAUGUUGAGAAAGUGGAGGAGAAAGCAGCAAAAGCAGCGAAGACAAACAGGCAAGCGACUGUGCAGGUGUACUCCGCGGCUGUUUCGGCUCUGCUGGACUGGGUGUGUGAGGCCCACCUCAGACAGGCUCUGGUCGAUGCCCCCACCCGACCCUCAGAGAGCUACACGACCCCGGCCUUUAUACAUGAGCGUGUUAUUAAGAUCCUCCCAUCUCUUGUGGAUAUCCUCCGAGAUAACGCUGCCAAUGUGCGUUGUUGUCUUCCCUGCCUACAGUUUGUCUACUGGUCUUUACUACACAUUGACCAGCUACAGCAGACCCAACAGCUGACGUACUUGCUCAAGCAUUUGACGUUCUCAAGACAGAGCUCAAGUCUGACCAGGCUAAGGAAUACUUCCUCUACUAUCAGGCCACCAAUGUGAUCACAGCAUAUCUCAAGCCUGUCAAUAAGACAUUUAUCCCUGUCGCAGUGGACGUACAGCUCCAGAUGUCAGCCGACUCCCCAUUCCAGUCAGGCUUCCUGGACAGCUGUAGUAACGAGACCUGGUUCCGGGCGGUGGCUCUGCUCAUACGAACACCGCUGCAGGACAUACGCAUCUUGGAGAGGCUCAGCAUCAUACUGCAGAAGUUGUCUAAGCUCAAAACCAAUAAGCGUUUCUUUGAGAUCUACACAAUCGUGGCCAUCAUUCAAGAGAUGUUGGUAGCAGGCGGCAACGACAGCGCGUUCCUCACCCUCAAUCUCAAGUCUAUCUUGUUCAACCUGAGUGUAGCGGUCAAGUCCUGAUACAAGGGUUCGGAAGGUCAUAAAUGUCAAAUGGAUACCGAAAAAAGACAAAUGUUGCUGUGGCCCAGUGAAUAAUCUUGGAAAAGACAUAAUGCCAUCUUAAAACCUCUCUUGUGGAAUCCUUCUGGAUACACUCCAGAACAAUAGGUACAGCAAAAAACAGUAGGCUACCCAAAAUGGCUCCGAUGUCCCGAUUUUGGAAGAUCUUGCACUUGUCAUAACCCACAGUGAACGUUACCACUGUCUGUCGUUGGGGAGGCAUACCAUGACAUUGGAUUGUGUGGAAAUUAUACUUUCAACGCAAAAAGUUUAAAGAGUGUUAAAAGGUUGCUGGAAGGCCUACAUUAAAUUGUUAAAGUCAAUGUAGACGUAUGUCCUCAGAAGAUAAGUGUAAGAACUUCAUGCCAAUAAAGCAUCGGUUUGUCUGUAUUAUUGGGGACUGCA